CUGGAAAAUGCAAAAGGCUUGCCUGAGAGACUUGGGGACAUGCCCCUGCGCCUCAUUGUUGGGGGCAAUAAUCCCAGCGACCAUGCCUGGUCAACAGGACACUACUACAGCCAUCCUGCAAAUUGGAUGUGGCGCAUUCUUAGGAAGACAGGCAUCGCCCCUGCAUGGGUCAAAGGCGCUCAAGAUGACGAGCGCAUGGUGACUGAGGCUGGAGUGGGUUUUCUGGACGUUGGCUGCGGCCAUCCAGGCACCCUCUUGUCAGAGUUCUCCUCGCAGACCUUCCAGAGCUGGGCGCCCGCGUUCUAUACCCGCCUCAAGAUGCACAUGGAUCGUGCUUCCAAGAAUUCAGGGUGUGUGUGCGGCAAGUGCGGCGCACCGGCUGUGGUAGGGUUUGCGGGGAAGCGGCAGUGGAUGGAGCUGCUCAAUGUAGGGCGCAAGGGGCGCGACAAAUACACCAAGCUUGACCACGGCUUGCAGCACAUGAGACCAGAGGGGUGGCCCUUCCCGGCCAGCACAGAGGUGUGGGUGCUUCCGAGCACAUCCGGCGCUGCGCCCAUGGCCACUGCGGACAGGAUGGGACCCUGGCAGGAGCUCAGCGACAGGGUGGAGCAGAUGGAGUGGCCGCGCAAGGUGCAAUGCGCGCUCAAGGAGGAGGAUGGGUUCUGA